AUGGACGCCCAAGAACCUUCCGAAUAUCUCAUUCCCAACGAUCCCUUCUUCCAUGAGCUGUUCAAUCGCUAUACCCAAGACCCAGAAGCAUGUGUCAUAUAUGACCGAGCUUCGGAGCGCUCGAUUACCCCGUAUCACUUCCUUGUCGAUAUUUUCCAGACAAUCGACAGGAUUCGCCGCAAUUUCAACUUAGGCGAAGAAACUCCAAGUACCAAUAACAUCUUCGUUUGCGUUCUGGUGCCCUACGGCUAUGAGUACGCUGUUACUAUACUCGCUCUACGAGCACUCGGACUCACCGCAGUAAAUGUGUCGGAAGCCAUAUUACCCGAGGAAUUCAAGUAUUUCGUUGAAGUCUGCAACGCGGCAUAUUUCAUCACAAUCCCUCAACUACAGGAGCAUGCAGAGUCUCUCCUCGAUGGUGUUAGCCUCACCACUCUAACCAUAGAGCUUUCCCCCUCCAUCACACAGCCACUGCCGGUGCUCCGAAGCCCUUCGGAAUUAUCAAAGACCUGGAAUCAAGACCGUGGCGCCAUUCUUCUCUUCACUUCGGGGACCUCAGGCCCUCCCAAAGGUGUACUGCAUACACAUGGCAGCAUCUACGCCGGAGCCAAAGAAUGGUUUGAAACCUAUGGCCUGACCCGCGAUGACCGGAUGCUUCUUCCUUUCAACAGCCACUGGGUCGCAGGCUUCAUGAUGCUGUCUGGCUGUAUUCUCGCUGGGACCUGUGCAGAGAUCUGUCCUACAGUCUUCAGUCCCGCCUGGUUCUGGGAAAGGAUUAAGGCCGCAGACGUCACAUUCCUAGAGUUAAUACCCUACACUCUCGGUCCGGUCGUUGAGUGGUACACAAGGGAAGCAGUAAAUAAGUCUCGACAGGAAGUUGAAGAAUACUUGGCGGGGUUAAAGCGGCUGAGGACUAUCGUUACUGGGUCGACGGCGGUACCGACGUCGGUUGCAAAUUUCUGGAUUGAGAAAGGGGUCAAGGUCGAUAUACAUUAUGGUUGUACCGAGUGCUGGAUGAUCGCUGCCACGGACUGGAGAAAGUCCAAUGGGUUCACACCUCGUCAUGUCGGAAAGCUAGUGUCUUCUGUCGAAACAACUCUCGCGAGUGAGAGCGAAGGCGAGAUGGCGAUAAAGAGCCAAGCGUUAUUUCAGAAGUAA